GUAAACUUCCCUGAUAGAAAACAGAGUGUCAUAUGUGCAUUUUCCAGAGAGCUCAGGUGAUAGACAGAGCUAUUAUCAUCUCGAACUGUUGGAAAACAACGGAGAGGACUUGUCUGCAUGCCUGAAUUAAAGCAUGGCAGUGUUUGAGAACUGUUCUGUCUUCCUAGACCUGAAUAAUAUACCUUUUAAGAAGAGGAGGAAGCUGAAGGCAGCAGUCACAGACAAUGGAGGAAGCCUUUCCUAUGUGAUCAAUAAACAGUGCUCUCUGAUAGUGACCAAUGCUGCAGCCAACCUGAGUUCCAACCGACUGCGGAGCAUUUUGAAAUUUCAAACUCCUGUGGUGGGGCUGAAUUAUUUGAACGACUGUAUGGAGAAAGGUGUUCUUCUUCCUUUGGAUGAAUACAGGCUGAUAGAAAAGGAUGACCCCCCUCCACCUGGGCCUUUAAUACCUGCCUCUGCCCCUUACCCUGACCCUGUUCCUGUGCCUGUCCCUCUCUCCUCACCAAAGGAAAGUUCACUCCCCCAAGAGUCCAAAGUCCCAAUGAGCAAAGCAGUAGAUGAGCCGCUCAAAGUCCCUGCAAAGCCUGAGGAAUCUGGGAGCCUGAGUGAGAAGGCAGAGAGGAUCAGAAAAGUCCUGGGAAAGUUCAGAAAAUAUUCGGAAACUGACCCUGAUCUUCCAACCUUUCCGGAUAAUUUCCAGGUGGCCAAGUAUUCGAUCUUUGAAAAGGUUAAUACCAACACUUGGUGUGUGCUUGAGCUGCAGAGUUUCAAAGGAGAUGAAGGAUGGAAGUAUCGUGUGGUCAGAUACUGGAAAGAUGAUAUAUCAUCCAUGAAGGAGGCAGUGAAGAACACGCUAGUGUUUCUUUCCAAAUCAGAGGAUGCUCUGGAGGUGUUCAAAUCCUUGAGAGAGACCAUGCUAAAAACCGACCUGCAGCUGAGGAGCAACUUUCCUCCACAGGCCCAGACUCUGGGCUCUGCCCCCCUCCAGGAGCUGCUGCUGGAGGAGAAGCUGAACACAGGAAGCUUAUCAAAAGAAGUGGGCACAUUUGUGGAGCUGUUGUGGACCGAGGCCUUGGGUUGCCUAAACAACAUCCUCAGAGUUUCCAUCGACAAGCUCAGUCUCAACGAUGUGAGCAGGGCGGAGGGUUAUUUGCUUCAGGCUCAGAAGAAGCUGAAGGAGGAAAAUCAUACUGAAGUGGCAGCUCUCAUGGAAGAAGUUUACACGUUGCUGCCACACAAAGCACCACCCUCACCUCCCUCUGUAAAACUCAUCUCUCAGAAACUGGACCUCUGUCAGGUAAUCCGUGAUAUGUUGAAUGUAAGUGAGAUGACUCAAGGAAGCCCCAUGCCUUCCUCUCUGGGGAAAUACCGAGCUCUGAGAUGCAGCAUUGAGACCAUUCCCCCUGGCAGCUCUGAGUUUCAUGCUGUGACCGCCACGCUUCGGGGCAGCAAAGUGCAGAUCAAACAGGUUUUCCGUGUCAGCAGAGGAGUGGAGCUCCAGAUGUUCAAAAGUGAAAUCGGGAACGUUCAGCCCCUCCUCCAUUCCUCCAGUCCCAGCAACUUUGUAGGAGUGCUUUCUCGUGGUCUGUUGCCGCCGCGUAUGGUAGUGGAGGAUCAUGGGAUUGAGAGAACAGACAUCGGUAAUCUGGGCAGUGGAAUCUACUUUAGUGACUCUAUAAGGACUAGUGUGAAAUACUCUAAACCCAGCGCGACAGACGGCUCUCGGCUGGUGCUUGUGUGCGAUGUGGCAUUGGGAAAGUGCAUGGAUCUCUACAAAAAGGACUUCAUGCUGACCAAGGCUCCUGAGGGACACAACAGUGUGCAUGGUGUUCGCAUUACCCGUGGCAAUUGUUCUCAGUUUCUGGAUGAUGAGUUUGUGGUGUACAGCCCUGAUCAGGUGAAGCUGAAGUAUUUGGUGCAGUUUACUGUGGAGGGAGACCACCUAAAGGAGUUUAGUCCUGUCAUCAACACCUCAGCUGAGCGUGUCCUCUCUAAUAAGCAAGAGCUUAGGUCAGAGGACGACGGGGUUGAUUGUGUUAAAAACCCUCUGGAGGAUGUGACGGCUGGACUGUUGGACAGCUCUGGUCAGCAGCUCCCUUUGCAGGCUGUUCAUGUGAAGUGCAAACUGAUAGAUCUGCUCUCUCAGGUCAUUAUUUUCCAAAAAUACACCAAUCAGAGUGCUGUGCCUAUUGAGGCAAAAUACGUCUUCCCGUUGGAUGAUUCUGCAGCAGUAUGUGGGUUUGAAGCCUUCAUCAAUGGCAAACAUGUGAUUGGACAGGUUAAGGAAAAGGAGAAGGCUCGCAAGGAGUACAAGCAGGCUAUCGCGAAAGGCCAUGGGGCGUACCUCAUGGACCAGGAUGCCCCAGAUGUUUUUACCAUCAGUGUGGGAAAUCUACCACCUGGAGCGUCUGUCCUUAUCAAAGUGACCUUUGUGUCCGAGCUGAUCAUCAAGAAUGGCAGGAUUCUCUUCAGUCUGCCUGGAAGUGUGGCCCCGUGGCAGGAGCUAGAAGCUCUUAACCAAACAACUCAGGUCACUGUGGAGAAGGUUACUGUGGAUGUUGAGGCUGCAAUGAAAAGGGAAUUCACCCUGGACAUGUCCAUAGAGAUGCCAAAUUUGAUUACAAACUUGCAAUGCCUCACUCACAAAGUCAAGAUCAAGAAAACUGACUGUAAGGCGGUACUGAGUGUGCUGCCUGGCGAGCUCAUGAGUCCAGAUGGUUUCCAGCUGUUGGUCACCCUGGAUAGGGUCCACCUGCCCAGGAUGUGGGUGGAGAAACACCCAGACAGUGACAGCCAGGCCUGCAUGUUGGUUUUCUAUCCGAAUUUUGAGGUUGACAACAGUUCUGGAUUUGAGGAAGUCGUCCUUUUGAUCGAUACAUCUGAGUCCAUGAAAGGAGAGUCUCUCCGCAUGGCCCAGAAAAUCGCCCUGCAGGCUCUCAAAACCCUCAGCCAGUAUCUAAGAAUUAACAUCAUUUUAUUUGGCACAGAUCAUACUGAGGCUUUCUUGAUGGCACAGCCUCUUCUUGAAGCUCGUCAGGCCACCAGGAGCUUCAUCAGGUGCUUUUCUCCAGUAGGAGGCAGCACUGAGCUGUGGCGUCCCCUGCGAGCUCUCAGCCUGUUGCCUCCUUCCAGCGGCAUCAGAAACUUGCUGCUGCUAUCAGACGGCCACAUCCAGAACGCAGAGCUCACCUUGAAGCUGCUCCGAGAAAACACUCAGCACAUGCGCCUGUUCACAUGUGGCGUCAGCCCAACAGCCAAUAGACACAUGCUGAGAGCACUAGCCCAGGCAGGGGGUGGAGCCUACGAAUUCUUUGACACAAAAACCAAACACAACUGGGCAGAGAAGGUGGCAUCUCAGGUGAAGCGUAUGGCAUCUCCCUGCUGCAGCUCAGUGUCAGUGAAGUGGCAACAGUUCAGCCAAACAGCACCCUCUCCUGUGCAAGCCCCCAAGCAGCUCAAUGCUCUGUUCAAUGACAGCCACACACUGGUCUAUGGCUUUGUGCCGCACUGCACGAAGGCUACACUGUUUGGAAACUUGAGCGGUCAGGAGGUUCAGAACAUGGUGUCCACCACAGAGCUGCAGAAGACCAGGGGCACAUUUCUUCACAAGCUCACAGCAAGAGCCAUAAUCAGGGAUUUUGAGGACGGAAGCUUGGAUACCAACGAAGCGGAACAUGAGGGGAAGAAAGCAGAGUUGAAGGACUUUGUCAUCAAGUUGAGCAAAGAGUACUCCAUCCUGUGUCAGUUCACCAGCUUUGUGGCCAUCGAGGAAAGGGACUCAGAACAAACAGAAGAGGGGUUCACGGACAUCCCCAAGCUGAUCGCAGAGGAAAACGUCGACAUCUUGCCUUACAUCGGCUGGGAAGAGCAAGCAGAGAGAAAAAAUGAGGAUGAAUUUUCUGAGGAGUCUGACGAUGAUGUUGGUUUUGGCUUAUUUAGCUCUGAUGAAAAUGAUGAAGAUGACAUGGGAAUGUUUGUAACCUGUUCUACGAAAGUGGAGUCAUACUCGCCCCAGUAUGAACCCACGAGUCCCAUCUGCAACUCAAUGAAAAUGUCUAAGAAAAUCAUGCCUGAAGAGGAGAUUGGAGAGUGUGCUGAGUACAUGGCUGAGUUUUCUUCAAGUUGGUCUUCUGUAGAAGAGAGUGCUGAAAUCAUGGAACAGUCUGACCAGGAAUUAUGCUUCAUCUCUCCUCAACUUGAAUUUUUGACCAACCCGACUGAAGUUGAGUUGAGUGAUGUAUGGGCCGAAACACUUAAUCCUCUUCUCGAGAGUCGUAGGCUCCAACAAGGGUAUAGUUCUCCUCUUUACCCCACUGGUCCUCAGGGCAUAGCAUUUGGUGGUCCUCCAAGUCCUGUCCUAAGUGAUCUUCGAGCCAAAGGUGACAUACCUAGGUCUUCCUCUACUUUGUUUUCAAGCAGGGCACUGGAUGGUCCUCCCCCGCCACCUCCUCCUCCUUCUAAAUCCACUAAAUUUAAGGGCCAAGCAUUUGGCGUACAUACUCCUCCUCCUCCUCCUACUGGUCCUCCAGUCAGAUCAAUUGAUCGUUUUCCUCCACCUCCUCCUCUUUGCGGUCCGCCUCCUCCUCCUCCUACUGCCGCUGUAACGAAGGGCCCAGCAUUUGGCAGACAACCUCUUCCUCCUUCUCCCCCCACUGGUCCUGCAAUCAGAUCAUUUGCUCGUCCACCUCCUCUUCCUGGAGUUCCUCUCCCUUCCAAUGCUCUGCCAUUUAGAGCAUUUGGCCAUCUUCCACCUCCUCAGAUUGGGGGUCCUCCCCCUCAUUCCCCCUUCACUGGUCUGUCAUUUGCUGGUACUCCUCCUCCCCAUCCUCCUUUAGCAUUUGGUGGUCCUCUCCCUCCUUUCCUUGAUGGUUCAUCUCAUCCUCACCCUCUCAGUUUUAAGGCCAACUUUUUUGAUAGUCAUGAAAGUGCUGGACCAAUUAUGUUUGGUUCACCCCUCAAUCUUUCAUAUAGAUCACUUGCCGUUGAGGAUCCUGAACUUUGCACUGCCAGCUCUGUUAUUAAACAUGACAAGUCCCCUGCUGCAGAGAAAUCUCCAGAAGGUGCUGACAUCUUGCUACCAGCUAGUAAUGAGAUUACACCAACACAGGCUGAAAGAAGUCUAAGGAGAAAAAUCUCCACUUCUUUAGUUCGUGGAGGCUUGUUCGGUGCAACAGCACCCUUUAGCUUUGAGAGCAGCAAACCAAGCUAUGUAACCCAGCAGAAACAGCAGUCAGGUUUCAGUUUCAGGUGCUCCGAGGUUGAAGCAGACUUGCAGCAAGAAGAACGCUUCCAACGAGAUGAACAAGAACCAAGUAUGCGUAAGCUAAAGAAGAAAAGUGCAAAAAUGAUUGAUUUGUGUGCGGAGGAACUUGUAAAUGAAAAUGAGCCUUCACCAGAGGAAGAUUCAUCUGACUCAGAAAUAACAUAUGGAUCUAGGGAAGGGUUCGGCAUAAGGAGUGGCAUAAGGAGUGGCGGCAUACGCCGUUCAACUUUCAAGUCACAGCCACGGAAGCAUCUGAGGAUUGCACGCUCCGUGGAAGAGUCAGCAGAUUCUGAGGCACUGAAGGUUAGAUGGACCAAGAUCUUCCAGCUGCAGCAUUUAGAUGGCUACUGGGAGAUAACCAAAGAGCUGGGUGAUUUAAUAAAUGUGGAUGUGGACCUGUUUGCCAACGUUUUCCUGAAAAACAAAGGCAUCAACUCUCUUGGUGUGACGGCCCGUGACAACAUCCUGAGGUUGGUGGCGACCCUGCUGGUUCUACAGUUAAUGAGGGUGGAGAAGCUGGAGGAAGGAAAACUUCUCCGCACCCUCUUCAGUCUGUACGACUCAUCUCAGCCCAGGUCCAAGCGCUGGGAGGCGUUAAAGAAGGCAGUGGACUGGGUUUGCUGGGCUGAUCGUCAGUACCCCUGCAUCUACAGCCGGCUGGAGUUUGGUUUGAGCUGGGAAUCCUCCACCCGUCAGCUGCUGGGAUACGAAGCCCUCCCUCCCUUCUCUCCCCUCACCGGUCUGAACCUGCAGAAGACCCCUGUCCCUCUGCUUGUCCACUGAGCUGGCUGACAUAAUGGAUGCAGGACCAGAAGAGUUAGAGAAAUCAAACCUUUUUGCUUUUUUCUGGGAUUGGAUUUUUAGAUUGUUUCUAACUUUGAUAUCCAACUUUUUUUUUAAAGCACUUUGACCCAUGGCUUUGGAUUCACUUGCACUUACGUAGUCUGAUUGUUGCUGUAUAUGUUUUAUUUUGUUGCAUAUCAAACAGCUUUUAACAGAAGUACUGUAGGCGAAGUUAAUGUAUGAAGAAAGCAUACCCUCGUUUACGAAUGUCCUUAUUCAACAUUGAGUGAACAUUCAGCUCAGACAUGAAGCACUUUUUUUGGUUUUGUAGAAAGUCCUGUUGAGUGAUCAAUCUGUUUGAAUUUUCAAGCCUUUCGAUCAUUUUUUUUCUUUUUCUUUUUUUUUUUUUUUUUUUUUUUUACGAUUAUUGAACUUUAGUUAGUGUUUUUUCCAGGCAAACCCAAAUUUAAGGGUUCCAUUAAUUUUUUUUUUUUUUUUUUUUUUUUUUUACGAUUAUUGAACUUUAGUUAGUGUUUUUUCCAGGCAAACCCAAAUUUAAGGGUUCCAUGAAAUCAAAUGUUUAAGUUCUUCUGUGGUAUAUGUUUUUUAGGGAAACGCUCUUCCACUUCCUUUUUUUGUUCAACGCUUAUGUAAAAAAUACCCCUUUGAUAGGUCUAUAGCAGACUGGAUUCCUGUUUUGGUUUAUUGAAGACACCCAUGGAAGGUCUGAUGAUCUUUGUCUUAUCUUUCCUUACAUUUCCUCUUAAAUUACUCCUCUGCUCAUCUGGGACAAACAACAAUAAAAUACUCCAAUAACAGAAAAAAAUAGAAUGUUUGUCUACUUGGGCCUCUGGUCUCAGACUUUUUGCUUUAGAUUUUUUAAGGCACACUUUCGUGACCCAGUUUUUUGUCCUGAACUACAAGUCGAGAUGUAGUGAUCUAGAAAACAAGUGUUUCUGAGGAGGAACAUGAAGAAAAUGCAGUUUUAGGAUAAGAUGACUUCCUUUCUUACUUCCCUUCACUGUCAGAAGUUUUAAAGUGUUGAAUGGUGAUAACAUUUUAUGUUUAUUUUCAGACGACUUCUGCUUGGUCAGGGCUUUUUGUGACCUAUUUUGAGUCUUUGCUGGUCAAGGUGGUUUGCUUGGAAAUUAGAUUAAAUGAUUAAAAUUACAUUAGACAAUCAUAUACAACACAGUGAAAUUAUACAGCUUUGACAUGUGUGACUUGUUUUCUCUUUUAUGGUUUGAAAGGUUAAAUGUGUGAUUCUGUGGAAUCAGGACAAAAUAAAGUCCUCUUAAAUGUU